GACUUGUCUCUGAUCGCCGUCAGGACAGGGGCGUUCCUGAUGUGUUUGUGCCACUGUGGUGUCUGCGGUUGGCACCUUGUGCCUGUUCGGCUUGCUUUUCUCGGUGCGGAUAUACGGAGUAAUAGGUACAAAUGUUGUGGGAAGGGGAAACCACCAUCGAAAAGCCACUGCCGCACAAUUUGUGCGCCACUCGCGAACGCAAUCCCAUCAUCAUUAUCAUCAAACCGCAAAAUCCACCAUGAGUCCAGCCAAGGGCCCCCUAUAUCAUCAGUGAGGCGAAUAAAGGUAUCCGUAUUUCCUGGAAAUGAGCCGGACUUGUGCAGCACUGCAGGUACAGUUGCCCUGGACACGGGCUGUAAUCUGUACCUACACACAAUCACAAUCCAAGUUUCUCCAUCUAUAUAUAUCCUUGCUUUCGGCCACAAUUUGCGAUACCUACUCCGUAUCUUUGCGGAUAUCAUGGCCCUCUCGGAUGCUUUUGACCACGCGACACGCUCGCGCGCGCUCUUUGCUCAGUCAUUCAGACUUUCUAUGGACUCAACGAGCGAGUCGCGCGCGACACAAGCGUGACACCGCAACACGGAGGGCACAUUUUUUUUUUCUCCUUCCAAAGUCUUUCUCUCCUUUGAUUCUUGAAUCAUCUUGCACGGACCUCCCGCAUCCAGUCCGACGGGUGCCUGGGGACCAACUUAGUGCCAAAAAGCGGGGAACGGCCGGCACCCGUUCCACAGUCCGGCCCGUCUCACUUUCCAUUUAUCAACCACCGUGGUCGGCCCAAGUACCCCAUUUCUUUUCCAAUCCCACGCUCCC